ACUUGCAAAAAUUCUUGCCUGUGGUGAUAGAUCACUGAAUGCUCAAGUCAACUGUCUACGUGGAAAAUCAAUUAAAGAAAUUUUAGACGCUCAUGAUACAAUGUACAAUCCUGGCAGUUAUUUCUCUGUACCAUUCCCUCCUGUACUGGAUAAUGAUUUUUUCCCAUAUGAAAGUAGUCAAGCAUUUCGUCAACUCCGGCAUCUUAAACCAUCUGGUGCAUUAAUGUUUGGUAUAAAUAAAAAUGAAGGCAGUUACUUUCUGCUGUAUGCAUUUGUUAGUAAUGCGAAAUGGAUGAAUAAUAUCACUCACUUGCCAAUAACAAAUCGUAUGGAUUAUAUUAGAUGUUUACGACAAGUGCUGGAUUUAGAUGAAGAUGAUAGACCGGAAUUCACUGAACCACUGGUUCGGUAUACGGAUUUUGAAUAUCAAACUUAUGAACAUUUACCCACCUUAGAAAGUUGGACAGAAAGGCUGGAAGAAAUCAGCAGUGAUAGAAGUUUCAAGUGUCCAACUAUCAAUAUGGCAAGUGCAGUUACCAAUGAACAUCGUAUGCCUGGUCGACGCCGAUCGAAUACUUUACCAGUGUAUUUCUAUGAAUUUCAGCAUAGAACAGUUUCAUUACCAAUGCCUAAAUGGACUGGUACUAUGCAUGGCUAUGAAAUUGAAUAUAUCUUUGGUAUACCAUUUAGUCCUCAAUUUCAAGCAGCAUUUUAUCGAUUCACCGAUGAAGAACGACAGCUUAGUGAUAUAAUGAUGACUUAUUGGGCUAACUUUGCACGUACAGGAGAUCCUAAUAUCCUUCCAGAUGGACGACAUGUUACUGAUCAAGCAGAUUCAGAAGAUACAGAAGAACUUGUUGAAGAUGACUUUGAAAAUCCAGCAAACUACAGGCAGAAGCGCAGGAAUCCAUUCAUUGGAUGGCCUGAAUUUCUAAACAGUACCAAGGCUUAUAUUGUUUUUCGCUCGGCACCAGGAAAUUUGCAUGUCAAU